AUGGUGGAUUCAAAAGAGACGUCGGUCGUGAACAAAGAAGACAACGCUGCGGCUUUUUCAUGGUGGUGGGAUAGUCAUAAUCGUCCUCAUCAUUCUCAGUGGCUUCAAGCUACCCUCUCAGAUGUGGAUGAGAAGACUAAACUGAUGCUGAAUAUAAUCGAAGAAGAUGGAGAUACAUUUGCAAAGAGAGCAGAUAUGUUUUUUAAAAGAAAACCUGAGCUCAUAACUAGGCUGGAAGACUUCUACAAAUCGUACCGUUCACUAGCUGAAAACUACGAUCAACUAAGAUCUGAAGUGAUUCAAGCUGCUCACCUGAGAUCCUUCUCUACAUUGGACUCCAUCAAAGCACAAACUAUCCAAAAAUGCGAGAAGGAAAUCUCAGGAUACAUGAAAGUCAAGGCACUACCAAACAGUACCAUUGAAAAGGAAACCACAUCCAGCUCUGAUGAUGCUAUUGAGUACCUGCAUAAAAGGGUGGAUAAUAGGUUGGUGCUGGUGAGUAGCGAUCAACAGGACUCCUCAGCAGGCAGUGAUAAGGAUAUGAAGGCAGAAGAACUUGAUGGCAGCAUGGACGAGAAAAUAUGCAGUAUAGAGAAGGCGAAAAUAUGGGAGGAAAAGGUUUCAGAACUGAUAGAUGCAAACAGACAUCAGCAGGAGAAAUUAAUAUCGAAUAUUAAGGAUAAAAGUGAAACAAUUAAGAAGCUUAAUGAAGAGAACAGAAUUCUGAGAGCUCAGCUGCUGGCAAGAACAACCCAUACAAAGAACAACGAACUUCCAAAGUCCAAAUCCAAGUCCAAAGGGCCCUCGUUCAUCGGAAGGCUGACAGGAUGCACCAAGUCUCCUUAA